CUGGAAGCUCAAGAGUUUUGGCACACAAUAUGCACAAAAGCUUUCAAUAACGAUAACGAUACCAGCGAUUUUGUAUUAUUUUUCGAAGGUUGCAAAACACUGAACAACGAUCAGUUGUAUGAAUGGAAAAGCAGCGAUAGUGAAUAUCAAACGAUGCUGGAACAAUUAGGUUGUAAUAGAAGUAAAAGCGAUCUUUUUACACUGCAACCCGAUCAGUUAUCGUAUUUUUUGCAAGCGAAAAGUAAGAUUCGAACUGACUGGCAUGCUGAAAAACAAGUAGCCUUGAAGCAGCAUUUGAAAGCACUCUUACAACAAGAGUCGCAGUUGCCUCAUAUUGACCAACAUCAGCGACUAUCGCUCGUUCGUCAAUUU